AUGAAUAAGGUGAAUGUACCCAAUUUCAAACUAAACAAUGGCGAUGAGAUCCCAGCUCUGGGCUAUGGUACGUGGUUAGGAGUCAGCGAAAAGUCGUCGGGUGCUGAUCAACCUGCCGAAGAAUUUGGUUUUGAUUUCGACGGCACUGACAUCCCGAAGCUGUUGGACGCUCUCUCCUACGCCAUAGACAUCGGCUAUCGUCACAUAGACACAGCGCACUUCUACAGGGUUGAGCCAGAGAUAGGCCAAGUCGUCCAGGAGAAAAUAAAUGAGGGUGUCGUAAGGAGAGAAGAUCUUUUUAUAACAACCAAGGUUUGGCAACACUACCAUCGUGCAGCCGAUGUUGAAGUCUCGUUGAGGGCUUCUCUGCAUCGUCUAGGACUUGACCACGUCAACUUAGUGCUUAUGCACUGGCCUAUGUCAAUUAGUCAAGAAGGGGUAGACGAAAAGAUCGACUACCUGGAGACGUGGAGAGGGUUUGAGGAGGUCCUCAAGAAGGGGCUGACGAAGGCCAUUGGCGUGUCCAACUUCAACAUCGAACAGAUGAAGAGGUUACUAACCAACUGCAACGUGCCGCCCGCCGUCAACCAGAUCGAGGUCAACUUGAACUUGUCUCAAGCAGAUUUAGUCGAUUACUGUCAAGCGAAUGAGGUUGUGGUUGUGGCGUAUUCGCCUUUCGGGACCAUGGUUCCGUCUCGAGCAACCCUCAACAGUCCAGAGCCGAAGCUUGACAACCCUGCCAUGCUGGCUAUAGGAAGGAAAUAUGGGAAGACGGUCACUCAAGUCAAUUUGGGAUACUUGUACCAGCGCGGUAUAGUGUCUAUACCGAAGACUGUGACCAAGAGUCGAGUGCUGGAGAACGCCUCGAUCUUCGACUUCCAGCUGGACGACGAGGACGUCGCCACUCUGGCGCAGUUCGACAACGGCUUCCGGACGGUCAGACCGCUGUUCUGGCAGCCCUACGAGAACUAUCCCUUCGACGUGGUCCCUGGACAGAAGCACGUCGACAUACCGAUCGCCAUGCGCAAAUGGAAGAAUGGUGCCAACGGUGACAUCGAUUAA